UUCAGGGGAGGGAUGAGGGUUUACACCCCUGGGUGCCUCUUGGUGGGGAGUUGAUCCCUGCAAAGAUAAAUUUCAGAGAAAGAUUGGAAGCUGAAGUUUCCCUGUCACAUCCAGGGCAGUGCUCCUGUGUGGUGGCUGGGGCUGGUGUGAGCUGUCAGGAUGUGCACAGGGAAGGGGCCUUUGGAAAUCUGAUCAGCAUCUUCCCUUCUGUCUGUUCCCUUGAGGCAAGUCUGGACAGCCUACCUGUCUGGCAGCACCAUGGCACGGCGCCCGCGCAGCAGCCGCGCCUGGCACUUCGUCCUGAGCGGGGUCCGGCGCGAGGCCGACGGCAGGGCCGGCACACGCGGCUGGGGGUACGACUCGGACGGGCAGCAGCACAGCGACUCAGACUCGGAGCCGGAGUUCUCCUCCCUGUCUCCCUCCAUCCCCAGCGCCAUCCCUGUGACAGGAGAGUCCUUCUGCAACUGUGAGAGCCAGAGUGAGGCCCCGUUCUGCUCCAGCCUGCACGCCCUGCACCGCGUCCGCGACUGCCGCUGCGGGGAGGAGGACGAGUAUUUCGACUGGGUGUGGGAUGACCUGAACAAGUCGACAGCCACCCUGCUGACAUGUGACAACCGCAAGGUGAACUUCCACAUGGAGUACAGCUGUGGCACCGCCGCCAUCCGCGGCAACAAGGAGCUGGCGGACGGGCAGCACUUCUGGGAGAUCAAGAUGACCUCCCCAGUGUAUGGCACUGACAUGAUGGUGGGAAUUGGGACGUCGGAUGUGAAUCUGGACAAGUACCGCCACACGUUCUGCAGCCUUCUGGGCAAGGACGAGGACAGCUGGGGACUGUCCUACACAGGUCUGCUGCAUCACAAGGGAGACAAAACAAACUUCUCUUCAAGGUUUGGCCAGGGCUCCAUUAUUGGGGUGCAUUUGGACACGUGGCACGGGACGCUCACGUUCUUCAAGAACCGCAAGUGCAUUGGGGUUGCAGCCACGAAGCUGCAGAACAAGAAGUUUUACCCCAUGGUUUGCUCGACGGCAGCCAAGAGCAGCAUGAAGGUGAUCCGGUCCUGUGCCAGCUGCACAUCCCUGCAGUACCUGUGCUGCUUCCGCCUGCGCCAGCUCCUGCCCGACUACGUGGACACGCUGGACGUGCUGCCCCUGCCCCCGGGACUCAAGCAGGUGCUGCACAACAAACUGGGGUGGGUCCUGAGCAUGAACUAUAGCACGUCGAAGCCUUCGUCCUCCUCCUCCUCAGGGAGUGACUCGGACAGCUCCUGCUCGGAUGCUGAGGCCUGUCAGAGGAAGAGGUGCAGGAGGACAUAAUGUCUCUGGGGGUGGGGGUUUGUUCCCCCUCUGAGCCUGAUGCACCUCUUCCUUCACGGGGACAUCCAUUGCUACUUGUUGGCAAAGAUUUCCCUUACGCUGUGGAAAUCUUUGGCCUCGACAUCCAUCACAGGCAUUGAGAAGAGCUCUUGGCUCCAAGAGGUGCCAGCUCUGACACAGGAAAACAACGGUCAAAUAUCUGAGCUUCAUCUCCUGACGUGCUAGUGAAGCCAGCGCCUCUUCCUGAAGGAUCCUUCUUCUCCCUGUUGGCACAGAGAAGAUUUAACAAGUUGGACUCGAUGACAGGAGUUGGACUCGAUGAUCCUUGUGGCUCCCUUCCAGCUCAGGAUAUUCUGUGAUGAUUAAGGCAGACUCACAGUUUUAAAGUGUACUGGAUUCCAGUCAAGUAAUGGCCCUGACUCCUCAAGGCACAGUCAGGGCCAGCCCUCUCCUCCUCCCUGUGUGUAGUUUGGUCUCUGCCAUGAACUCGUCCCUCUCCAGGGCCCGACGGAGCAGCCCCAGUGCAGGGAAAGGGCCCCAGAGGUGCCGCUGUGUGAGCGGGGACAGGGCUGGGCUGGGGGUUCCUCCAGCCCCCGUGACUUUAAUUGCUUUGCAUGUUGGUUCCUGCUGCUUCUCCUCUGUCCAAAACUCUGUUAAACUGUAACAAUAAAAGUAGAAACUGUCUGUG